AUGAAUAUCGUACACGUCCCCAAGAAGACCCCGGUGUCACCCGACACCCCCUCCUUUGGAAUCGAAUUCGAAUUCCUCAUCGCCGUUCUCGCUAAACCCUCUAUCGAAAACCCCAACCCCUCCGAUCCACGAACUGUCUACUUCCCCUCCACCCCCGAAGAUAACGCACCAGCCUACUUCCGAAUCCCCGUCGGAAAAGAAGACUGGGCCAACGAAUGGUCAAUCUACGCACACAUCAAACGUAGUCUCGCCUCCAUUGGUCUCCCCACCGAACCCGAAAAAGCCCAUUCCAAUUUCGCCAUGUGGGAAAUCACUCGAGACGGCUCCAUCACGCCUCCCAAACCCCCUCACCGUCGCCACAAAAAAGCCUACGCCGAUUGGCAAGCUUACACUUAUUACCCCAUCGAAGUCCGCACUCCCGCAUACUACUACUGCGAAGAUGCGCUCCGAGACAUUGCCGAUUUCUGUAAAAUCAUGCGCAAAAACUACCUCGUCACCGUCAACAAAUCAUGCGGUCUCCACGUCCACGUCGGCUACGGAACGCAGGGAUUUACCCUCCCGCACCUCCGUCGUCUGGGCGCUAUGAUCCAAGCCUUCGAACCGCAAUUCGAUUCCAUUCACCCGGAACAUCGUAUCGAUUCCCGAAACGAUCAUUGUGUCUCUUUCCGCGGAAACACGUAUUUCCAGUGGAAAUACAAGCAGGAUUUUAAUCGAUCCCCGCGCGUGCUCGAAACCAUCGCGACGCUGCUAGCGUGCGAAAGCAGAGAUGCUUUUCGUACGUGUGUGGCGAGUGAGGGGGCCGCAGGUGCGCAUUCGUUUGUGGGACAUAAGACGGCGUGGAAUUUUGAUCGCAUGGGAACGGAGACGAGACCGCGCGACAGGGUUUUGCCGGAUACGAUUGAGUUUCGCGGACAUGAGGCGUCGUUGGAUGCGGAGGUGGUGGGGAAUUGGGUGAGGGUUUUGGUGGGGUUGGUGGUGUACUCGCGGAGUCCUGAUCCUUGGGGGUUUGGGGAGUUGCUUUCGAGAGUGAAGGGGGAGAUGUGGGAGAGAGGGGAGAGGAAUCAGAGGAUUACUGGGAGAGGAAGAUAUGAACCCGGUGGGGUUAUGUAUAGACCUGUUUUUGGAGAGGAGUGGUGUGGCUUGGUGGAUUUACUGAGAGUUUUGAAACUAGAGGGCCCGGCACUGUACUACGAGAAUCGAAAAGGUAGGUGGUUGGAAAAUGGAGUUUAUAAUCAUUGGUAUACGCAGGCUCCGAGCGAGUAUGUUAUACCUGUUGAUGAGGAUCAUAAUGAUAAUGAUAACGAUAACGACGAUAAUAAUGAUGAUGGAGAAGAUGAUAAUUCUUCACCUUCAUCAAAAUCAUCUUCGGGUUCGAAAUCAGGUCGUUUCGAUCCUUUCAAUCCUAAAUCUAUUACUCCCGAGAAACCGGUUGAGAAACCUGAAGAGAAGAAACCAGAAGGUGUGGUAGCAACACCAGUUGAUCUAUCACAAUUCGACAUCGAUGUCGGAUUUUCCGAUCCUUCUUCUUCUCCUUCCACAAAGGUAAGUCAUCCCCAACCCCCACCCGAACCCUCAUCAGCAAAUCCAUCUAGCAAAAAAUCCGACUCUCCAGAAUCUUUUCCUACGCGUCCGAACCCUGGAGUGGCAAUCGAGAUACCCAUUUCUGAUGUUUCUUCCGAGAAACCAGAUGUCGCGGAAUCGAAACCUACUCCCACCCCGCGCACCGGAUUCCGAGUCCCUUCUUCUUCCUCCUCUUCAAGUACCAAUUCUAGCACCGAAUCUGUUUCCCUCACUUUAUCUCACUAUGAACGCGAAGCCGCCAAGGCUCGCGCGUUUACGGCGAAAUUUUGGCAGGAGGAGAAUAAGAGAGGGAAAGCAGAGGCGGUGAAGAAGGAAGAGGAGAGAAAACGAGAGUUUGAAGAGAAGGCGGAAAAAAAUAGAAAAAAGAGUAGCAUGGAUAUCGGAAGCGAGAGAGCCCCGAGCGAUAGAAGCGCGGGCUCCAAACCCGAGUUUACGGACUUGGGGCCGCAGGAAGAAGAAGUGUGGAAGCCAGAGGGAUGGAGAGGCGUAGAUGGAGAAGAGGUAAGCGAAGAGACGAAAGUCCUCGAGGAAGAGAAGAAACGUGCGGAAGAGCAAACACGCCAGGAAGAAUUAAUCCGUAAUCUCAAACCCGGGAUUGGAUAUCUCAAACCGGUUCGUCAUCCUCCUCUCCGCGCUCUCCCCGGCGCUGUCAAAUUCACCAAGCGCACUCAAGACCAACACUCGCAUCUCCUUCAAGGUACUACCCCUGAAGAAAUCGAAGCCCUCGCCCCCAACACAUCCAACUUCCUCGGACGUCCCUUCCACCGCCUCUUCCGCGCGCCCUCCUCCCCCUUCCUCGAAUACGCCCCUUCAGGCGCAGGAAUGGAUCCUAAUCGCAACCCGUAUCCUGGCCCCGUCCCCUUCAUCAACGAAUACCACGCCGCCGCCCUAACAGACGCCCUCGAAAGCACCAUCGGCGAACCCUGGAGCGAGGACCACGAACUACUACCUCGCUCCGAAGGCCUCGCACGCAUGCUGCGCGGCCGCCAAUUGUACGAAGUGUCGCCGACCAUCAAGAAACGUCUCUUGGGAUACAAUUUCACCAUCGAUCAUCGCAACCGCGGGACGAAACUCCAAGGACUUUUUCCCGCGCGCGCGCACACCGUGGAGGAAUUCGAAGCGGCCGACGAUCGCUGGUGGCGCGGCCAACUCGCCGAAGGGGAGAUUGUGAGACUGGAAGGAUUGGCGGCGAGUUCCGAUGAGGGGGUUGCGCUGACGGCGCUGGAGAUGCUGGAGCUCUGGCGGAGAGGUGAUGCUCAGUAUCUGUAUGAGCCGGAGGGUGUGCAGAAUCCGUUUUCGGCGGCGGCGAGAACCCAGGUGCAGGUCGAGGAGGAUGUUAGUCCCGGGGAGGUGGUGUUUGGUCCGGAGACGGAUCCGAAUGCGAUUGUGCCGGCUAGGGAUCCGAGGAUAGCGGAGAGAAGGAGGUUUAGGGAUAUAUGGGAGGCGGAUGAGAGAGCGAGGAGAAAGUUGGAGGAGGAGGAGGAGGAGGAGAUGGAGAAGGAAAUAGAGCGGAUAGAGGCGGAGAAGAAGAGGAGGAUGGAGUUUGCUAUUGCGAAGAUUUUGAAGGCAAGAGAAGAGGCUGCGGAGAAGAAGAGGAAGGAGGAGGAGGAGGAAGAAGAAGAGGAAGAAGAGGAAGAAGAGGAAGAAGAGGAAGAAGAGGAAGAAGAGGAAGAAGAGGAAGAAGAGGAAGAAGAGGAAGAAGAGGAAGAAGAGGAAGAAGAGGAAGAAGAGGAAGAAGAGGAAGAAGAGGAAGAAGAGGAAGAAGAGGAAGAAGAGGAAGAAGAGGAAGAAGAGGAAGAUACAACUAGUGCGGCCCCGGAGCCGGAAAAUAGUUGGCAGAGAGGUGAUGAGGGAGGGUUUGGAACGGUUUAG